UGCCGGGCUGCGGCCGCUCGCGCCCGGGAGCGGCGGGACGCGCGAUGUCGGCGAGCCGCGGCGGCCCGCGGGUGCUGGUGGUGGGCGGCGGCGUGGCCGGGCUGAGCGCGGCGCAGAGGCUCAGCGGCCACCCGGCCGGCCCGCGCGUGAGGGUCCUGGAGGCCACGGCGCGCGCCGGGGGCCGCAUCCACUCGGAGCGCAGCUUCGGUGGCGUGGUGGAGGUCGGGGCACACUGGAUCCAUGGGCCCUCCCAGGGCAACCCCAUCUUCCAGCUGGCGGCCAAGUACGGGCUCUUGGGGGAGAGGGCGCUCUCGGAGGAGAACCAGCAAGUGGAGACCGGGGGCCAUUUGGAACUGCCCUCCGUGACCUACACCAGCGCUGGGGGCACUGUGAGCUUUGAGCUGGUGGCCGAGAUGGCCAGUCUGUUCUACAGCCUCAUGGACCAGACCCGGCUAUUCCUGCAUGCCGCGGAGCCCCCAGCGCUCAGCGUGGGGGAGUUCCUCAGGACAGAGAUCGCCCAGCGCGUGGCUGGCUGGACUGACAGCCCCGAGACCAGGAGGCUCAAACUGGCCGUGCUCAGCACCCUCUUCAACCUGGAGUGCUGUGUGAGUGGCACCCACAGCCUCGACCUGCUGGCCCUGACGCCCUUCGGGGAGUACACGGUGCUGCCAGGGCUGGACUGCACCUUCCCGAGAGGCUUCCAGGGUAUCACGGACCGCAUGCUGGCCUCCUUGCCACCAGACACCGUGGUUUACAACAAGCCCGUGAAGACCAUCCGCUGGAGAGGCUCCUUCCAGGACACCGCGUGCCCCGAGCAGCGCUUCCCCGUGCUGGUGGAGUGUGAGGACGGGGACACCUUUGCAGCUCAUCACGUCCUGGUCACCGUGCCCCUGGGUUUCCUUAAGGAGCAUCUGGACACCUUCUUUGAGCCGCCGCUGCCCCUGGAGAAGGCAGAAGCUGUCAGGAAAAUGGGCUUUGGGACCAACAACAAAAUCUUCCUGGACUUCGAGGAGCCCUUCUGGGAGCCCGACUGCGAGCAGAUACAGGUGGUGUGGGACGGCACAUCCCCCCUGGAGGCGGCCACAGGGCUGGAGCUGAAGGAUGCCUGGGUCAGGAAGCUCAUUGGCUUCGUGGUCCUGCCGCCUUUCGAGUCUGCCCAUGUCCUCUGCGGUUUCAUUGCCGGGCACGAGUCUGAAUUCAUGGAAACGCUGUCGGAUGAGGAGGUGCUGCUGACUCUGACCCAGGUGUUGCGGCAGAUGACAGGAAACCCGCAGCUGCCAGCACCUCGGGGCAUCCUGCGGUCCCGGUGGCACAGUGCCCCCUACACCAGGGGCUCCUACAGCUAUGUGGCCGUGGGCAGCACCGGGGAUGACAUUGACCUGCUGGCCCAGCCUCUUCUCGUGGACAGCAAAGACCCCCAGGUGCUGUUCGCUGGGGAGGCCACUCACCGCACCUUCUAUUCCACCACCCACGGCGCGCUGCUGUCCGGCUGGAGAGAAGCUGAUCGGCUCGUGGCUCACUGGGGCGCCGGGGCAGGGCAGAAAACCUGAAGAUCCCCAAAGACCCGAGCCCUUUGACUGGGCCUCCCAGCGAGGCUGACCUUCUCACAGCCUUGUGUCCUCCGUGUGAGCCUGGCCAGGGACCGCACUAUUCCGGGGAACCCUCCUGUUU